AUGGUAAAUGACUACGAAUGUGCAGAGCCUACUAAAGUUUUAUUUCAAAGAUGUGCUGGAACACAAGUUAUGUCAACUUUGGACUUAACUAGUAGCUUUUGGCAGGUGCCAUUGCACCCUGACUCUAUGAAAUAUACAGCUUUCUUAUAUGAGGGGAAAUGUUAUGAAUUUUGCAUGACACCCUUCGGUUUAGAAACAAGCACAGCUGCGUUGGUUUCUGACUCGGAUUCGUACUCCGAAGCAGAACUUCGAGUACAGCUCAUAAAAGCUCAAACUAAAGCAAGACAGAAGAAAAAAACUAAAAACGCGAAAAAGCGAGACGAAACUGUGGAGGAAAAACUUACGUUCAGAAAUGUAUUGAUGAAGGAGCCCAAACAAAAUUCAGCCACAGAGCCGGAACAGGCAACUUCAAAAACUCCUGAAUGUUUGGAGGUCCAUGAUACAAAGAACGAAGAGGUUAUAGAGAGUGAUGAUUCCAAGAAGUACACAAUGGUUAAAAGGAGGGAGAAAACGGAAAAAAUUCAUGAAGAAAUAACUGCAGAGCAGAUCACUGUAAUGCCUUACAGUGAUCUGCUCCUAAAUCAGGAUAAAUGUUUUAAAGAAACAAGGAGUUUAAAACGUCUCUUUGAAAGCUGCAAAGAGUGCAGAGAAGUCCUCCAGAAGAGGCAAAACUGUUACAGGCAAAUCAAUCUAUCUAAAACGGAAAUUCAAAAACGGCGAUUAAUUGCACUUAAAAAAAUUAAAUAA